GCCUCCGCCCACACCCCAGGCCUAAUAAAGCCCCAGAGCCUGCCCUGUGCUGACAGGGUGGGAGGGGCCGCCUCCAGCCCAGCCCCACCUUCCAAGGGCACUUUGUGGGGGUGCAGAGGUGGUUCCUCGGCCUGGCCCGCCCUCCAGCCCGCCCCCAGGCUGGGUGUGGUGGCCCCCACGAAAGCUCUGCGCUUCCAGCAGCGGAAGAGUCCUAAGGUGCAGCUGGGGCCUGAGUUGAGGAACAGAAUCUUGCUGAGCCCUGCCUGGGCCCUUACCCUCGGGUCAGGAAGUGUGGAGGCCGAGGUCCUUCAGGCCUGAGGUUUCCCUAGACCCACCCUGUGCCAUGGCAGCCCACCUACUUCCCAUCUGCACCCUCUUCCUGACCUUGCUUGGCAUGGUCCAAGGCUCCAGGGGACCCGUGGUACCCAACCAGCCCUUCACCACCAUCUGGAACGCAAACACCCAGUGGUGCCUGGAGAGGCACGGCGUGGACGUGGACAUCAGUGUCUUUGACGUGGUGGCCAACCCCGGGCAGGCCUUCCGUGGCCCUGACAUGACCAUUUUCUACAGCUCCCAGCUAGGCACCUACCCCUACUACACUUCGGCUGGGGAUCCUGUGUUUGGUGGCUUGCCCCAGAAUGCCAGCCUGGGGGCCCACCUCGCCCACGCAUUCCAGGACAUCAAGGCUGCCAUAGCUGCAUCCAACUUCUCAGGGCUGGCAGUCAUCGACUGGGAGGCAUGGCGCCCACGCUGGGCCUUCAACUGGGAUGCCAAGGACAUUUACCGGCAGCGCUCACGGGCACUGGUCCAGGGGCAGCACCCCAACUGGCCGGUUCAUCGGGUGGAGACAGCAGCUCGGGACCAGUUCCAAGAGGCUGCACGGGCCUGGAUGGCGGGCACCCUCAAGCUGGGGCAAGCACUGCGGCCUUGUGGCCUCUGGGGCUUCUAUGGAUUUCCUGACUGCUACAACUAUGACUUUCUGAGCCCUAACUAUACAGGGCAGUGCCUACCGAGCAUCCGUGCCCAGAAUGACCAGCUGGGGUGGCUGUGGGGCCAGAGCCGUGCCCUCUACCCCAGCAUCUACCUGCCUGCAGGGCUGGAGGGCACAGGAAAGGCACAGAUGUAUGUGCAGCACCGUGUGGCUGAGGCAUUCCGUGUGGCUGAGGCUGCUGGGGACCUCAGUUUACCAGUGCUGCCCUAUGUCCAGAUCGUCUAUGACAAGACAGACCACUUUCUGCCCUUGGAUGAGCUGGAGCACAGUGUGGGGGAGAGUGCAGCUCAGGGGGCAGCAGGAGUGGUGCUGUGGGUGAGCUGGGAGGACACACAAACGAAGGAAUCAUGCCAGGCCAUCAAGAAAUACAUGGACACCACGCUGGGGCCCUUCAUCCUGAACGUGACCAGUGGGGCUCUUCUGUGCAGUCAAGUCCUGUGCUCGGGCCACGGACGCUGUGCUCGGCACCCUAGCCACCCAGAAGCCCUCCUCAUCCUCAACCCUGCCAGUUUCUCCAUCCAGCUCACGCCUGGUGGCAGCCCCCUGAGCCUGAGAGGUGCCCUCUCACUUGAGGAUCGGGUGCGGAUGGCUACAGAGUUUACAUGUCGCUGCUACCCUGGCUGGAAGGGAGCACGGUGUGAGCAUCCCGGGGUGUGGUGAUUGGCCACUCAUGGAGAUGCACGAAUUGAGCACCUGUUGAUCUUAAAAAUAUAGUUAUUUCACCAGCAAAAAUGAGUUUGUUUGGGAAUGGUAGAGAUUUACAAAACCCAGAGAACAAAGGAGAGGAGGCUCUUUUACAGAGCAGAGGACCAAUCUGGGAGGGCUGUGCUAAGCAAAAAGUUCUGGAGGACGGCAGUCCCUCACGUGGUGGCUCCUCAUUGGCUAGGCUGUUGCUAGGGUGGAGGAAACCUUCCCUCCUCCUGGAUAAAGCAGGCUUCUUCCGCCCGGGUCUGCAAAGGGUUGCAAGGAGCAGUAGGCCAAAUCUCUCCUUGCUCGACUCCAUCCCGAAGGAGAGGGUUCAUCAUUCACUUCACAUCGCCAUGCGCUCCGGGCCUGGCCUCGUCUUCUCAAGUACAGUGUCACCCGAGUCCCGGUCAGUCCGUGCUCAGCCACGCACAGCUUACGCCCGCAGAAGCACACAAGGUCCCGCGCUCUCCCGGCCCCGAGCCCGCGGAACCCGCAGCCACGGAGCCCACACGGGGCCUCUGCCUUACACCGUGCAUGCUAGGCGCCAAGCAGGCCAACUCAUUCGGUCCUCGGGCGCGGUGAGGACCCCGAAGC